UCUCGAAAAGGAAUUACAAGCAAUCUAACGAUAAAUUAUCCCUCAAUUCACCACUGUUUUUGAUCCUAGAAAUCGAUGUAUUUAGCUCAAAGAAAGGUAUCUGUCUUUUGAUUUUUUUUUUGUCGUAGUUUAACAGAAAACACCGCCCAGAGCAAACAAAUGAUACUGAAUGCAUUUGUCUUUUGCCAAUUUGAUUCCACUUUGAAGUUUGCCGUUCUGUCACUCAACAUGAACAUUUCCCCGCCUAAAGUACUUGUUUAUUGUCUAAUACUAACUACGUCCCCCACUUCAUAAGUUCGUAGCCAAUAAAAUUAAAAGCAACACCACCUGCCAGUUAAAACUUUAAAAUAGAAACUCUAGUAACGAGGUUAUUUCAAAAGGCUUUCUCGAACCCUCUGAGGACAAAAUGAAGUUAAUAGAUCUCUUAUAUGAUCAGUGCGUUUGAAAUAACCUCCUUUACCCUUUAAAUUUUCGCGUAAGGGAAGUUAAAAAGCAAUUUUCAAAUUUAAACUAAUUCCUUCCAUUCCUGUGUGUAUUAGAAAUCCGUAGAAAUAAUGAGAGGAAGUUUAAUUUUGGUGAUACUUCAUUUGGAAGUGACGAUAGUUGUAUUCAUAUGGAAAAACAAUUUUAAUGAACUUAAUGAGAUACACCUGGAUAAAUGCUCAUUUGGUUUGCUGGACGACGGUCAGUGUUUGUACUUAAAUGUAGCCACGAAGAUCUCAACAUUGCCGUCAACACAUUAUAAAAGGAUUGCUCGAAAAAUCGUAAGGUAGUUCCUCAGAAGAAUUUUUGGAGCCAUGGGUAAUCCCAGUUAAGUCUUGCCUCGAGUGUCUUUCUCAAGCGUACAAGAGCGGAAGAGAAACAGUCUUUAAUAUUGUUGGUAUUGAAGAUUUCAAGAAUAUCAUUUCGAAGGACGCCGUUUUAAUGAGUUUCUUGUCAGUCAAAACAGUUUAUCUGGAUUCUAAAGAGUGUUUAGAAGACAAAACAACUCAACCGCACGGAAUCGAACAUGAAGAAGGAAAUUUUAGCUCGAAAGAUUUAAAAGCAAAAGCAAAUAAUGACAAGGAAAUCAAGCAAGAAGACGAAAGUUAUAAGCCAGUGACAGGAAGUAAUGACUGGCGAUUUCCAACAAAGGAAAGAAGUAAGGGAAAGUCUAUGAUGAUUUCGCCAGUAUCAGCGAACUCUUCGUCGCUGAUUGCGAUAGGCAAGGGAGAUGGAAAGACCAGAAAGAUCGAGAGCGAAAUUUUUAUGUUAAAGCGUUCAAGUUCGGCACCGAAUUGUUCCUACAAGCGGGCGAAAGUAACUAAACAAAAGUUUCGACUUCCUUGCAUUCCCGAUCUACAAGCAUUGUCAAUCAACGGCGAGCACCCAAUUAAAGCGCUCUUCGUGGAGGGUAAAAAGCUUGGAUCCGCGAGGAGGACGGGUAUUUCACCAGAUGCCCAUGAUAAGAAUCAAGAAUUGCCGAAAACUCACCCAAAAAGAAUCAUAAACAACAACAUUGAUAAUCUUGCAAGAAAACCAAUUCCCGGUAUUGUAAUCGACGGCAAGAAAGAACGUCACCAUGGAGACUGGUACGAAGAUGCACUGCCAGCCAUUAACAAAGCUGAUUUGCGCGUCAAGUCAGCUUAUACCAGCUCGAGCAAAGUUUUUAACACUUACUUACAAUCAAGAUUUGGUAAAAGCGUUUACAGAGGCAGUUUCAGGAAAACUGGCACCAGCGGUGACAAAACUUUUCAAGUUUAUUGGGCGCCAGUAUUGAUAAAGAAAAAAGUUUUAAACUACCGCACUACUCCCUCUAACUGCUCUCAAGAAAACGUUGGUGAAGCGAUUGCUGUGGAGGAGGUCAGCAGCAAGCAGAGGAAGAUUGUGAUCGAGGGAAGUAUUUAUAAUCCAGGAGGGGCUAUGAGUCUAGUUCAGAAGUGAAUUUUGAAACUCUUCACGCAGUCCUUUUAGUGGGCAAUUGGGCAAAUACAUCAAUAGGCAAAGAAAGUGUUAAUCAAUCAAUUUAUGAAUAUAUAUUUGCAUAAGCACUGUAAUUAUCCCUAAUUCAUCUGGUCUAACUUGCUAUCUCAUGAUGGACUAAACUAAUAUUAUUUUCUGGCGAAAAUCUUAAGAAAUUUCAAGAGGUUUAAAAUGAACUAGCUUUAAAAUUGAUACAAAAGAGAAACUGUUAACUUAGUAGCCCUUGUUUCACUAGUGUAUGUGCAAGAGCUUCUUUACGCUUCUUUUAUCGACUUUUGCGCAGUAGGAUUUUUCUACAUCUAGUGACCACUAAUACAGUUAACCGGAUUCCAAAUAACAUAACUAAUUUUACCUGUUCGUAUCCAUAGUCAACACAUUUUAGCAGAUAUACAUUAGUGAAUCAGCGUUUAUGAAGUGAGAAAAUUAAUGAAGAAUUGAAUAAACAGUGGGUAUAAUACA